AUUAGCCACAAGUGACUCAUUAGCCAAAUUAGCCCUGACAUUUUUCCUUCCUUUUCCCAAAAGAAAAAACAGCCCCCUACUGCUAAAGAGCCAUUUUCCAUAAAGACCACAGGAAUUGAAGAAAUAAAACUGUGUGUGUAAAGAGGGGUGCGGAGUGAAUGUGAUUCUAGGUUUGUGUGUGUAUGCAUGUGAUGCUGAGCUGUGUGUGUGUGAAAGAGAGUUUCAUGUCAUAGUCUCCUUCAAAGGGAGACUUAAAGACUUUGUCCCCAGGUCGGGGUCCUGUCAUCUCAGCCUACACAGCAGGAAUUGCCUGUCCGCAGAGUCAGGUCUCUGCCUCUGCUUGUGAGUCUCUACAAGCUGCUCCAGAGGGACAGCAGACCAUGGCUGACAACAACACCCAGAAAAAAAAGCCCCAUUGGACCUCAUUGGAGAUUGGCCUCCUGACAAUUGUAUCUUUACUCUUUGUCAUUAUUGUGUCUCUCAUCAUCCUCUUCAUCACACAGAGUGGCAAAGAUGGAGUUUGCAUAACAGCUGACUGCACACAGUCAGCAUCCCGGCUUAUUGAGAACAUGGAUCCCACAGUGAAUCCGUGCAAAAACUUCUACCAGUAUGCCUGUGGUGGCUGGCUAAAGAAGAACAUCAUACCUGAGACAAGUUCACGUUACAGCACCUUUGACAUCCUAAGAGACGAACUGGAGGUGGUACUCAAAGGAGUGUUGGAGAAAGAGGACAGUGGAAGCAGCAGCUCACUGGCAAAAGCCAAGAUUCUCUACAGGUCCUGCAUCAACGAGAGCUUCAUUGAACAUAGAGGUGGGAUGCCUCUGCUCAAAAUGCUACCAGAUGUCUUUGAGUGGCCUAUAGCAACAGAUGAUUGGGACACCACAUAUGGACUGAAUUGGAGAGCAGAAGAUGCCAUUGCUAAACUGAAUGAGAAAUAUGGAAAGCAAGUCCUAGUUAGCUUUUUUAUCGGUACAGAUGACAGAGACUCCAAUGCACACAUCAUUCAUUUUGACCAGCCAACUCUUGGCCUCUCCUCAAGAGACUACUAUGUGUGCACUGGGCCCUAUGAGGAGGCCUGUGUGGCAUACGAGAACUUCAUGACUGACUUGGCGAAGCUUAUCCGAACUGACCGGGGGCUGGAGGUUAAUGACACAAAUAUCAGACAAAAGGUUUCCCGGGUGAUGAUGAUGGAAAAGGAAAUUGCUAAUGCAACAGACACACCCGAAGACAGAAACAACCCAGUUCUACUUUAUAACAAGAUGCCUUUGGAGACCCUGAACACCAAUUUCACCAUGGAGUUUGAUUCCGGGGUGUUCAACUGGACACUCUUCACUAACAGGAUCAUGGACACAGUUGGCGUUCCUGUUACAGGCAGUGAGGAGGUUAUUGUGUAUGCCCCUAACUACUUUAAGAGGCUCAACCCUGUCCUUGCCAAGUACACUAAGAGGGACAUUCAGAACUACAUGGUGUGGCGCUUAAUUAUGAAUCUGGUGGUCGGUCUGAGCAGGCCAUACAGGGAGACCAGAAAAGCCUUCAGAAAGGCUAUCUAUGGGACCACCUCUGAAGCAGCGGUUUGGAGGCAAUGUGCCAUCUACGUCAACAACAACAUGGAAAAUGCUGUGGGGAGAUUGUAUGUGGAGGAAGCCUUUGCCGGAGAUAGCAAAGAAAUGAUGGAUGAGAUGAUCACUAACAUCAGAGAGGUGUUUGUAAGUAACCUGGAUGAUCUAGCUUGGAUGGACGCUGAAACUAAGAAAGCUGCAGAGGAGAAAGCACGAGCAAUCCGAGAAAGAAUUGGUUUUUCAGAAAACAUCAUGAAUGACACAUACCUAGACCAGGAAUACCAAGAUUUAAGCUACAAUGGAGACGAAUACUUUGAGAACAUUCUGAAGAACUUGGAAUUUGGUCAGAAGAAACGACUGAAAAAAUUAAGAGUGAACGUGAACAAACAAGAGUGGAUCACAGGAGCUGCUGUGGUCAAUGCAUUCUACUCAUCUAGCAGAAACCAAAUAGUAUUUCCUGCAGGUAUUCUUCAGCCUCCAUUCUUUGGGAAAGGUCAGCCCUGGUCUCUGAACUAUGGAGGCAUCGGCAUGGUCAUUGGACAUGAGAUCACGCAUGGCUUUGAUGACAAUGGCCGUAAUUUUGACAAAGAAGGUGACCUCAAAGACUGGUGGACUCCAUCUUCGACUCAGAAGUUCCAUGAGCUUUCAAAAUGCAUUGUGGACCAGUAUGGAAGAUUCUCUUGGGACUUGGCAAAUGGACAAAAUCUAAAUGGGAAUAAUACCCUUGGGGAGAACAUUGCUGACAACGGGGGUAUUCGCCAGUCUUAUCAAGCCUACCAGCACUAUGUGAAGAAACAUGGAAAGGAAACUCCUCUGCCUGGAAUUGACCUCAAUCACGAGCAACUAUUUUUCCUUAACUUUGCACAGGUUUGGUGUGGAACCCAUAGGCCUGAACAUGCUGUCAACUCAAUCAAAACCGACGUCCACAGUCCAGGGAAGUUCAGAGUCCUUGGAUCAUUACAGAACUUCCCAGAGUUUGCCAAAGCCUUCCAGUGCCAGAAACACGACUACAUGGUGCCAGAGACGAUUUGCCGGGUGUGGUGAUCACUCUUGAUGAGGGUUUUAUUGAGGGCCUAUGGUCUCUCUGUUGACUCUUAGACCACUAUGGCAGAAGUUGAGAAAUGUUCUCAACAGAGUAAAUUAGGGUCCCUACACUCAACUCCACCAGUGCAAUUGAGCCAUUUAUGGAGAAGGGGAGCUAUAUCGAUACACUCCUACAAGCGACAGCCAAUUUAUUUGAUUUUAGUUAGUGCAAUCAUUGCACAACCCAUGGCUCUUACUGUUUGUAUACAUUAUGUCAAAUCUAAAUUUGUAUCUCUUUUUGUUAAUAUCAAGUAAAACUGUGAAAUGGCGAUAUCAGUAGCAUUCUGUAUAGGCUUAUACAAUUUUUUUGUUUUUUUGUUUUGCAAUACCAGUAUACAUCCACUGCUUGCACCACCGCUGGUCAACCAGAAUAGAUUCUGUAUGACGCUACCAGGAUAUGCCAAGAAUUGUAUGUAUAGUACUACAGGAGUUAAUAGAUAUUUUAGUGAAUUACACUCUGUAAUCAUUUAUCUGGAAACAAGCAAAUUAUCUAAUUUGUAUUUAGCACAGUGUAAAUUAAAAUAUGUAGAUUUAUUUGUAAUUUGUGUCAAUUGAUUUUCCAUAGAACAUUUCAUAAUAUCACAAAAUAUUAACUGAGACACAUUUCCAGCAAUUCAGAAACUGAUUGUUUGAUCUGAAUCUCCCAAACAUGUCUCAUGACAUCAGAAGCACAGGAGUUAUGAAAUGCAAAUGUGUCUGCUUACAUUACUUGAAUAUGUUUAAUCGAGUGUAUUUGGGUGAAGGUAUACAUUUGUUUGUUUUCUUUUCCCACUGUAUAUGCUGGCCUUGAUAUUUGCUUGUAUGAAUAGGUGUGGAUGGGACAAAUAAUAUGCUGUCCGCCAUUAUUGACUUAAAGCCUUAAAAAUGAGCUAUUGAUGUUGUCAUAUGAAGAACAAGGCUAAGUGAUUCAUACUGAAAUCAGUCCAUGCACACGAUAAAUAUUUAUGCCAAAGAUUUUUACACUUACCCUCGCUCUGUGAUUUUAUGUUAAUCUAGAAAAUAUUAUAUGAUAGUUUAAGAACUGCUGGUCCAAACAUACCCUUCACAACAUCAUAAGCAAUGACACAUACUGUCAAAAUUAAUGUAACUCUUUUCUUUACUACAUUUAUGAAAAUCUAAAGGAUUAUACUUGUGAUAUUGUUAGUGAUCAGGUAACUGUGUAUUUUACAUGUGCUGUACAAUAUUUUUUCCCCCAAGGGCAUUGAGAAAUUGUAAGCUAAAACAUGCACACACACACAGACACACACACACACACACACACACAACAACAACAACAACAACAACAACAAAAAAACAAAAAAACCCACUUAAAACAAUAUAAAUUUACAUGAGAAUCAAAAUGUUAUAAUAUAUUAAAUCUUGCUUUUAGUGAAAUUGAAGAAACUUUUGCAUUAACCCCAUGUAUAAACCACAAAUUUUUUUUUUUUGAUUUCUCUGAAAACAAGACUUAAUAUCUUGUCAUUUUGAUUCUUGAGUAAAUGUUUCUUGUUUUAAGGAUGAUAAGGUAAAAAUACUGAAUAAGAAAAUGACUUUUUUUGCAUUCUUUGAAGGAAUUUAGCCUGAAAGCUCCUGUGAUGUGUUAACAAAAGAAUCAAAUGCUACUGUUUUUUCUUCUUUUUUUUUCUGCUUGUAUGUUUUUUAUAUCCAUUUGUUCCCUGAGGGUUGUCUUGGUAUUUUUAAGUUUGUGAACACUGCUUCCCCCUCUGAUAAAAUCCAAUACUGUUCACCAAAAUCCAUCUCAACUACUCCACAGAGAGAUAUACCUCAGAUGCUUGUAUUUAGAUACUUUGUAAUAAGCAUCCUUGGAAGAAAAAAUUUGUUUUAAUAAAUUGUUAAUGUAAAAUUA